UCAUUGCAACAAUAAGAAUGUCCAGUGGUAAGUAGGCUCAUUGAUUGGGCCUGGGAGUUCAAACUAUGUAAGGAGAAUAUACAAUCUGUUCUAUUUCAUUUUGUCAGUUUCAGAUUCUAAAUAAGGUGUGGUCAAUAGAUGGAGUAGCUAUGACAACAUCGAGGCUUUAACUGUUGGAGUUUUUGUUGGAUUGCGUGGAGGCCAAUCAUACUGCUCAAUUUACCUUGUGGAUAGACCUAAAAUUAGGCAUUCAUCUCUCUGUACAAUAAAAUGAUGAAACUUUUUGAUAUAGGGUAUAUUUGGCAUUCAUUUCUAUGUAUUAGGUCUCCCAGCUUCCUGCACUGUGUAAAGGAAUCUCAAGGGUCUAGAUAAGACAGGUGUUAGGAAAACUUUGUAAUACUCCUUCUUUGUCAUAGCUCUCACAUUGAGGAUGAGCAGCUACAAAUCCGUGUAUUUCUAUGUUUGCAUUUGUCUUUUCCCCUUCGUAUAUGGUCUCGAGAAUGGAAUUAUAGCUUAAUCACUAUUUUUUCUUUUCUUUAAUUGUUAUAGGAUACAGAUCAUUGAUUACGUUCUUCUGAAUUGUGAGACAGGAAAAUCAUCUCCGCUGUCACAUAAUGGAUAUGAAUGUCUUUUGGGACAACUUUACAUAUCCAUUUGUGUGCUUCCAAACACAAGCAUGUGUUCUGUACCAAAAUUCUCACUUAGUAACUGAUGUUAAGGCCAAAUGUCACAGGUGAACACAGGCAAGUCGGUUAUAGAAUUGAAUUUUGAUCAUAGAGAGGUCGACUGGUUGCCGAGGGAACCUCUACUUCAGAAAUUGGAAUCAGAGGGUAUAGUCAAAGAAGUAUUGCCAUUGCAUGAUGAAAACAAGCGGAAGAAGCUCCUAAGAAGUUGGGCACUGAACUGGUGGGACUUUACAACACAGCCACUUGACGCGAUAUAUUUAUACUACGGAGUGAAGAUUGCCAUCUACUUUGCUUUCCUCGGAAAGUACACAAGGUGGUUGUUGUUUCCAGCUACAUUAGGACUUACAAUGCAGUUGGUUGAUUUUGGGUCAAUACAACUUUUGGUUCUCCCUAUUUUCUUCAUAUGCCUGAUUUCUUGGGCCGUGUUGUUUUUCCAAUUCUGGAAACGAAAAAAUUCAGCUCUUUUAGCUAGGUGGCAUAUAAAUCAUUCGGCGGGUACAGAAUCCGAUUAUAAAUUUUUCCAAGUGGAACAGAGCUCAUUAACAUCCCCUGCAGAACUUAUGAUGAAAAGAGGGACGGAUAGUAUGAAAGAGAAAGCAUUCUUCCAAAGAGAAGAAUGGUUGAGAUGGUUGAUGAGAUUUAGAAAUGAUGCCAUUAUUAUAUUGAGUAUCAUAUGUCUCCAGCUUCCUUUUGAAUUGGCUUAUGCUCAUCUCUAUGAAGUUAUUGGGUCUGACUUCUUGAAGUUUUGUCUGACAGCAGUUUACCUCCUUGCAAUUCAGUACUUCACCAGAAUGGGGGGAAAGAUAUCAGUGAAGCUUGUUAAAUGUGAAAAUAAUGAAAAUGUAGAGUAUAGAGCUCGCAGUUUGGUCUACAAGGUGUUUGGUCUUUACUUUAUGCAGACAUAUAUUGGAAUAUUCUACCACGCUCUAUUGCAUCGCAACUUAAUGACCCUUCGCCAAGUAUUAAUCCAGCGUCUAAUUAUAUAUGAGGUGCUGGAAAAUCUGAUGGAGAAUUCUAUACCAUAUUUGACAUAUAGCUUCAAGAAAUUUAGAGCCGUCUGGAACAGCAAAAGCGUGAACGAGGGUCAUCUACAGGGAAGGCACGGUGCUUUCCUAGGGUAGAGAAGGAAUAUCUGAAACCUACUUAUGCUGCAAGUAUUGGCCAUGAACUUGAAGAUGGACUCUUUGAUGGUAAUGUAUAGAAUUUUAUGUAUCUUAGCCCCUGAUUGACGACCAGCAUUUUGGGGAAAAUAGAGUUUUGAAUACUGAUUUUUCGGAGAAUGCGUAAUUAAAAACUAAAAAGUAGGGAAAGUUUUGGGUUAACGUGUAGCAUGUUUUAUUGUGCGAAUGCAUGAUUGAAAAUGAAUAUGUAGAAAAAAGAGAUUGAAAAUAAUGGAGGUCAAGACAUGGGCUUAAUAAGACGACAAUAUGGAAGAGGAGAACUCAUCUACUCAUUGAGAUCGAUUCUUCUUAAUAUUUGAUUUGAGCUGGUGGUCCUUACCACUUAGGUCGUAUGCAGGCGUGAUGAACCAUUUCAUCUAAAAGUUUAAGCUAUUGGAGAGAUGUCACAUUUAUUUGUUUAAAUUUUGUCUUCGACAUGCAUAGUCUUCGUAAGUAGGUGGAGACGAAUCUUAAUUCAGGUCUUUUGCAUACUUUGAUAUCAUGUUGAAUCACCACAUCUAAACUAUGAAGGACAUAUUUUAAAUUUAGUCUAUACUACUACAGUUUAGUGUGUUGCAUGCAGAAUCAAUGCUGUAAUAAAAACUCAAAAAGCCUUUUCAAUUCUAAUGCAAUUACUAUGUCCUAAGCUAUUAAGGGCCUGCUUUGUGGGGCUUUUGCUUUAUAUGGAAGAGCUUUUUGAGGAAGCUACUAUGAGCGAGCUUCCUCUAAAAGCUCUUCCAAGCCAACGAACCACUCCUAGGAAAUUAUUGAAACAGGCUGAAGUUUCUUAGUCUCACAAGUAGUUUUUGAGUUUUCAAAACCUCCUUCAAAUAUGCCUUUAGCCUCUUGGAGAAGUGCUUCAAUGAUGGAACGUAUUGCAUUGACUCUACUUUAU